AUGAAGCACCAAGGGGGGAGUCUCCAUCAGAAUGAUAAAGGUGAAGUAGUAGCUGAGAUAGAAUUGGUAACUGCGUGGGAGAGGACGAAGGAAGGAAUCGACCGAGAAUCCUCCCCCAGGCGAAAAACGCAACAUGUUACAACGUUAUUUCAAGAGAACGACUCGAAUGGUGAGUCUCCUCUCUAUUCAGUGAGUAAUAAACUUGCUUAUCCACACAAAGGGCAAAUGAGCAGAUUUUUAACCCCCCCGGAUAAGGAAAAUGCAGACAUGAACCCCCGAGUGAAUAAUUCACCAUGUGGUGUCAGCAAGAGAGAACAGGAUAUCCAACUGGAGGGAGAUGGAAUAGAUGCUUGUUCCCCCUACUUGCGCCGCAGAUACGGGAGUGAAGAUGGUCUAUGGAAAUCGACUCGAGAGAGUUCAGAUGAAGUGGGGGGGGUGCACCAUGAAGGGGAUGUAGCAUCGAGCGACGAAGAUUACAAAAAGGAUGAAAUAUUCCUUCCUGAUGUGAUCGGCCAAAGUAAUGAUUCAUUUAUGCAUGGUGAGGAUAGAGUACGCGAGGAGGAGCCCAUGGAAGAGAACCUCGACGAGAGAGAAAAAAGAAUCGUCUACAGGAAGGCGGACGAAAUAAUCAACCAGGAUUCGGGGAAGGGAGAUGAUUGGAUGUCGAGCGAGGAGGAGGGAGACGAACAAUCAAGUGGGAAGGCGAAGCACCAUGGUGAGGUGAAGCACCAUGGUGAAGUGAAGCACCAUGGUGAAGUGAAGCACCAUGGUGAAGUGAAGAGGCGCAAUAUACUAGAUCGAGGAAAUCUCAACCUAAGCGCAAGGGAGUUACACUCAUUUCUAAGGAGGGACAAGUACAACCUCACGAAAAUAAAGACACGCAUGAGGAAGGUGGUCUAUAGGUACCUCUACGAGCGCGCAAGUGGGGGGAGCGAGGGAAGUGAAAAGAAAACCAUGGGUCUUGAAGCAUCGAGUAUGCCAGACACACACUGCGUGGAGGUAGAGACAGAAGUGGCCUCCUCACAGGAUAUCGCAAACCUUCUAUACACGGAGUGCACCAUACGAAAUACAAAAAUUUCUCAGUUAAGGAAUGUAAGUAAGUUGGUCUGCAACAGGAGGAACGAUAAGUGCAUGCAGAUUUUGAGCUACAAAAAUGUGUACGUGUUUGAUGGGUGGGGUUGUACCUCAGGGGAUGGUUCUACUGACCAUGUGGCGGUGGUGGCUACUGCUUCACCCAGUCAGGGGGCAAUGACCCCACGGAGGGUUCCUCCCACUUGCCGCUUCACAUGUAACAACCACUUUGUAUGUCUGCAAAGGGAAGAUGACGAGGUGCAUGUGUUCAGUCAGAAGGUGCUAAGUCUGAACGAGUUCAUUUUUUUUAAAGACAAGGAGAGUAAAACUACGAACGAAGAGGAAUUGAUGAAAUACCUGGACGACUUAACAUGCAGUGGGUUCGAAACCAACUGCAAAAGGGUUAAGAUGGAUUGGGGAUCAUAUCCCUUCUACAUCAUUAAGGAUGCCUCGUGGAAAAAAAUCAAGAGCAUCCACCUGAACGUAUCGAACCAUUUGUGCAUAUGCACAGAGGCAGGUACAUUUGUGUACGAAAUAUUUUUUAUAAAUGGAACCACGGAGAUAAAGUUUAGUGGGAAUUAUUUACAUAGAAGUGGAUCCUCACUGAAGGAGGAGGAAGUGUUAGAGGCAUACCUCCACAGUGAGAAGAGGAUGCUGCAUGUGAGUCAAUACAACCUUUUCCUACUUCAAAGGAAUAGCAAAUUUUUUAAGGAUGACCUGUUCACUAUCGUUAAGGAUAUCAGAUUUCGACAACGAAUUUUGAGUGUAUCCUUUUCUAACAACUGGAUCAUACUUUCUUUCAAUAACAGAGUGUCUGUUCAUCAUAAGGUCAGUGGGAAGGUUCAUUUCGUUGUACAGGUUAACUCAGAGGGGGAUAUCGUUGGUAAGGAGAUUAUCCAAAGAAGCACCCAUGUAGAUGGUCCAUAUGUUAAUGGGGCAACCAGGAUGGGUAUUUCCGAAUCGGCGCAUUACAUUCCAUUUCUGUGCCCCCUCGAUGGAGACAAUCUGUUUUGUCUAGCCUACGGAAGGAGAAUAACUAUAUUGGAGUAUUCCAAUGAAAUUAUCGUUCGGAAGAAAUGUGUGAUGAAUCAUUCUGUGCAGUUUAUGCGAACCGUUCGAAAUAAUAUUUUGGUGAUUUAUGGAGAUAAGCAUUUGUACGUAUUCCAGUUGGUGUACGUGAACAAGGAUUUUACUCUGGUGUUUUUUUUUAGUAAAAAGAUUAGCGAUGCCAAGUGUCGCAAGAUACAUGAUGAGGGGAAGGCGUUUGAAUUUUACGGAGAUGCCAUAAAGGUGAAGGUAAAAUUAAUCAAGAUUAAUCGGGACGACGAAGUGGCCAGACGCAUUUUUUAUGCACUCAAUGGGGGUGGAGCAAAGGAGAGUGGAUUAAAAGGGUGUUCCACAAAUGGUGGUAUGGGUCCCGGUGAUACUACAAUUGUGAGUGGCACUGCCGAGGGAGUAUCCCAUUUCUACGUGAACCUCCUCUACAUCUAUAUUCUGGAUGGCGAGCGCGUUGACCUCGUGGUGGUGAACUCUCUGGUCUACUUGAUUUAUGUGCUUUUCAUCCACCACAGGUAUGGCUUGCUGCUGGCGCUGAUGCUGCACUUGUACAAGGGAAAAUGUUGCGUGUUGACAGAUUUCCCGGUGGACGAGGACGAGAGGAGGGAGACACUGAAGCCUCUCUUCCACUUCCUCUUCGAAAGGAGAAUUAACGAUAUAAUAAAAGAAGGCAACAGAUUUGGGAUGGACCCACGGAACAGCAUCUACCAUGUGCCAAUCCACAUGUCAAAUCAGGUAUCCCACAAUUGUGAGACUGUAGGAUCAUCUUCAGAAUCUACUGCCUCACCAUCGGUAGAGGAAUCCAUAUCUGAAUCGGUGAGGGCAUCAUUAAAUGAUAAAGUUUUGAUAAAUGAGGAUGAAAAUAUCACGGGGUUGUCACUUCCUUCUGUUGGAGGAGGUAAGAGGGGGGGGGUACUUCACCCUAAAGGGGGAUACAUCUCCAUCAAUGGAAGAGUGAUCUCACAUAACUGUAUGAAGGAACUACAGAGAGUGUGUCUUCUGGGCAUAGAAAUUAGUGUGCAAUAUAACAUGAACCUGUACGAAUGCAUGUUCAAGCUACUUCGGGGAUUCGAUGCAGAAAAUAUUUACUUCCAUCUGAUAGAGGAGUAUAUCUUGCGGAAGAGGAUUGGAAUAGCUCACCCCUCGUUGGUGUACAGUUUGACGGAGCACUUCAAAAGGCUCUACAGAAUGUUCUCCGAAUACGAUGAUUCAUGUUACGAUGUGUUUUUGUUUUUUUGCGGUCUCGUCGGGGGGAGGUUGAGAGGCGACCACUUGACUGAAAAGCGUCUAAUCGAGGUGGUAUUUUCACCUUUGGGAGGGGGCGGCGAUAGUAUCGAUGAGCGUGCCGAUGAGCGUGCCAACGAACGUGUUGGUGAACGUGCCGAUGAACGUACCGAUGAGCGUGUGGAUGAACGUGCCGAUGAGCGUGCCGACGAAAGUGUUGGUGAACGUGCUGAUGUGUGCGAAGACCUGGACACACACCUGUACCUGCACCACCUGGGCGCGAAGAACAUUUGCAGGAAGAUCCAGAGGAUAUAUGCCUUCGUCUGCAUAGUGGAGAAGUUUUUCCGUCUAUUUGAAAGCAUAAUCCUGGAAGGGGAUAUAGAAGACAUUAUCUCCCACUUGCCAAUUCAUCUAAGUGCCUUCAUCUACAACAAACACAGUGAAGACAAGACGACCACAGCCGAGUUUUUCAUUUCUUACCUUAUCAGAAAAAAAAAUAAUUUCUUCUAUAGCUUCUGUAGGUGCAACAAUUUGAAGAGUGAUGAAUUCCCUAUUUACAUUCCCAUGUAUAUGUACAGGAAUUUCUUCCACUCGUAUUUCCUUUUUGAUUAUGUGUUCUCCGUCACGUUCAAGGUACCAUUUAGCAUCAGCUUGAAUCGAUUCGCAGUUCCUUUGGAGGAGGGUAUCAUCACACUUCGGUGUUGCCAUGCAAAGGUGGAAGCGAGUUACAAGUUCGAGGAUCCUUUAAAUUACAAAAAUGUAUUUUUCAUCUUUUCUCCUUUUCGUGUGGAAAGGGAGAACCACUGCACGUUGAACCGGGCGAUUUUGUCUCUCUGGCGGUACUUGUUGGAGGGGGCAGACGGCCAGGUGGGAGGGUGCGUCUCCAGCGGUGUCGAUCGGGAUCGUCAUGUUGAUGGUGGGGGCAGCUUCCUGGAGUUCCUCUCAGCGACCUGUAGAAGCGCAGAUGGAGUCACCCGUUGUUCAGACAUAAAGGGUACGGAGAAAAUACACAUGGACGACUAUUUUAACCUGGACAAAAGUGGCAUCUUCCUACUUAUGCAAUUAUCAUUGAAGGAUACGUUUUAUUUAUUAAACAGAAGUUUUUUUCAAUAUGACUUCAUCGAAAACUGCGAUAUUGUUAACAUGUUGGUUCGUAAUUUGUGCAAUUUUUACCUGCACAUGGUCAUAACUUUUCUCUACUACAUGAUAUACUUGAAGAAAAUUUUGAAGAAUAAUUUAUCAGAAGAGACAUGCGUCCAGAUAUAUAAAGAAGUGCUAAUAACAGUUGAUCGUUGUAAGAAGUAUGACCAUGCUCGUGAUUUGUGUUUGAAGUUGACAUAUGUGAUAGAAGCAGAGAGACACAUCCAUGUACAGAAGAAUUUCCUCGGCAUAGUUAGGUGGAUCAUAUUGCAACUUUUUUACCUGAACAAACAUAGGAAAGAAAUGGCUAGCUCGAUAACGUAUUUCUUAAUUCUGUUUUUCAUUCUUCAGAGGAAUUGUGAUGACCAUUCGUUUAAUUACUCCUUGGGUGUGUAUUUUGUUAACUUCUUAUUGCGCCUAUCAUGUGGGGGAAGCGAGGAGAGUCUAAAGAAUCCAAUGGUAAGAAAACGUCGCUUCGAGAGACUUACGAAAAAGUGUUUUCACUUUGCGAAUGAAAAUUACCUGAACAGGGUCAGGCGAUAUGUGAAAGAAUCAAGUUUUCUUCGAACCUUUAAUUUGAAGAAGAACAACUUACGUAUAAAGAAGAGGGAUAUCAGGAAGAACGUUGAAAAGACAUUCUCUCCCUGGUGCAACUUGGUUAACUAUCUCUUAAGGGAGGUAUACAACGUGAAUGUGUCUGAUAUAUUUCGCCAGUAUGGUGGUGAUAUGUACCUUUACCACGAUGGGAAUGAAAUACAAGAAGAGGUACAUGGUGACAGAUGCGCCUUUAAGAGAGUUCCUUCCAAAAAAGGGGGGACGACAUUCCCGGGAGGAAUAUCAAGUGGUACCAUGUCAUCGGGGGGAGUACCUUCCGGGAAGGGUAUAACUGGUCGGGGGAGAAAAAAAAAAGAGCAUAACCAAGGAGAUAUUUUUUAUGUUCAGUUUUGCAGGAGGCACUACGGGUAUAUUUUGCUACUGUACGUGAAGAGGUUGUUGGUGUUGCACGAGAGGGGGCGAUACCCCGGGGGAAAGAAACGGGAGAAGGGUAGUCAUCCACAUAUCAGCACAGAGACAAUUGAUAAUGGAUGCAGCAGGAAGAAGGUAGACAAGCUUCUCAAGUAUAUCCUUCUUUUCAGCUACGAGCGAAAGUGCGAGGCAGUCUAUCUGGUUAUACUUCACCACUUUGGUCGGUAUGAUGUUAUCAUGGAUCAUUACAGAAGUAAGGAAGAGUGGAAAAAUAUGUAUGCGUACAUUUUUGAGAACAUUUUUUUCUUUUUUAAAGAGAGAAAGAUGAAGAGGAGGCUCCGUGGGUACCUCUUUUAUGCAGAUGCCCUGGAGCAUGUCGAUGUUAUGAACGACUUGUUUGUGAAUUACAUUUUGGAGAACUACGUACUUUUUCACAACCACACGGUGAGGAUUCUCCGGAGAGGAGAAGAGAAAAUUGGUUCGCACAUCACCAUAAAUAAAGGAGAGUCGAAGAACCAAUCCCCUUGGAGGAAGACACACCUAAUGUGUCUAUGUAAACUAUUCACCAGGACGCUUAUUGGAUGCCAAAGCUUCUCUGAUGUGGUGAGGCAAAGAGUAUAUCAUCUUCUUUUACAUGAGGCUCGUAUGCCCAACAUAAUCCAAAGGUAUAUCCAGAAAAAAGUUUUUUAUUCCUAUCUAACUCUCCUCUGUAAAUACAAAAAGGAUGAGGUGUACAGAUGCAUCAAGUAUGUGAAAUAUGUACAUGUGUGUAAAUACAAGGAGCUAUUUGAAAAGCAUGCGAAUGUAAAUGUCCUUCUCCAUUUGUACGAAAUGGAAGGAAAAUUCCUAUGUGUCAUCGAUCUGUGUCUUAAGCUGAUCAAGGAGAAUAUUUUAAAAUUGAAAAAUGCAUUCAGUCGAGAGGAAGAUUGGUUUGUACCGCAGGAUGUGACAUACGGGGAUAUCUACUCAGUUCGCUUUUGCAGUCGAAUCGAUGUAUACAAUUUAUGUACCAUGCCGUUGAAGAAGAUGGUCCGCAAGAUAUUUUUCGCAAGGAGGAAUGAGAAAGGUGAUUACGCCAGUCAUACUGAUCAUGUUUGUUAUGAUGAUGAUGAGGAGGAGGAGGAGGAGGAUGGGUUAGGAGGAAGUGUCACACAGAGGGAUUCAUUUUUGAGUAACCUACUAAGCCAACUAAACAACGCAGAGAGUAGGAGUACGUGGGAGGGCUACUUGGUGAAAACUCCUCGCUGGGGUGGCAGGUCUAAAAUGAAGCGCUCCAAGGGUGACAAAAACGGGAAGGGCAUAAUAAAAGAACCGAGACGGAUCGACAAAGUUGUAGACGGAAAGGAAGAACGCCUGGUGAAGGCAUGCCGCAUCUUUCUCACUACCGAAUACAAUGUCAUCUUCCUUUACAUUUACAUGUUGAUAUUUAUCCUGCGAAGGAACAGAUUACAGAAUGACCGAAUUAACGAGUACGUUUUGUUUUUCAUUGUAAAUGAGUGUGUGAAGGGGUUCAUCAGUAUUUGUGACAACCUGGGGUAUGGUGCACAGGAUGAGCGUGGUGAAGGACACCUCUUUGGACCGAAGGGGCAUUACACAACUUGGGGAGAAUGCCUACUUUCAGAAAAAAAAAAAAAAAAAAGAGACGAAGACACACACACACACCCAGAUGCAGUUUCAUUUUUUAGCUACCUGUUUAAUCAAGUAGUGUUCUUUGCGAUAAACAUAAGCUCGCACCGACAUGUUCAAAGGAUAUGCAAGCAACUUCUGGUGAAGUAUCGAAGGCUUCAGAUAAAGGUGGUUAGACCUCCUCUCAUUGGUUUUUUAAAAAGCAUGACGGAGACUUACUCGCUCUUUAGUAACAGUUGUCAUGUGUCGGAGAGGCGGAUAAAGAGGCAAAUAGAAGCAUACACUUUUGAGAGGAAGAAGGGGCUCGUGGUGAACUUCCAGGUGGACCACACGCACCCCUUCAAUACUAAGUUGUGCGCCCGGAGCAAGCGGAGUGGCGAUUCGACGCGCCAGAAUCGACACGCUGUUCCAACCGGUCAACCUGGUCAGGCCAACCAACCUGGUCAGGCCAGCCAACCUGGUCAGGCCAGCCAACCUGGUCAGGCAAACCAACCUAAUCAUCAUCAAACCGAUCAUCAACAGGAACAGGAGGAAUUACUACCCGAGGGCGGCAGAGAUUUCGCCUCACUUGGUGAAGCAUUAUGGCUGAGCAAGUGCGAACACAACCAUCACUUUUCGUGCUCUCUGAGAUGUCACCUCUGCGGCGCCAGCGCGGAGCAGUCUAGCGGAUCGAUCGCCUAG